AAGCGUCGUUCGUUUUGCUUAGUUUGUUCUCCCAUUUUUGUAUUAGCAGGCCAUCACAACUUACAUCUCCCAGCCACCAAAAUGAGCGACGAAGGGCCUUUCGGUCCCGUAAUCAACGGGACUAUGGUGGUGGUAUUUUAUGAGUACCGCCCCAGCAAGCCGGCUGGUUUCGCGUUCAUGGCAUUGUUUGCUUUGGCUACACUCGGACAUCUCAUCUACUUAUUCCGGUUGAGGGCUUGGUAUUUUAUCCCUUUCCUAAUGGGAGGUAUCGCUGAAAUGUUCGGGUACUACGGACGCGCGCUCGGCUCAGACACACCCGACAUAGUCGGGCCGUGGAUAAUGCAGAACCUCUUGAUCCUUGCCGGCGCCCCAAUGCUGGCGGCAACAAUCUAUAUGAGCGUGGGGCGCGUAAUAAUGGCCUUGGACGCUCGCCGGUUCACCCUCAUCAGCCCCCGGUGGCUUACGAAGCUCUACGUGCUCAUCGACAUUGGUGCUGUGGCGACGCAGCUCAUCGGGUCGACCAUACCGGCCUCGGGAGACCCGAGCGCCAUCGAAUUGAGCAAAAAGGUCAUCCUUGGUGGUUUGAUCGCUCAACUUGUGGCAUUAUCCUUCUUCAUCAUGCAAUGCGUGAUUGUUCACAGGGGUAUCCGGCAGCACCCUCCGAACGUUGUGCUGUCGCUCCCUUCGGUCAACUGGGCAGUUCACUUCUGGGCGGCAGAGGUGGUAAUAGUGUUGACCAUCGUUCGAAGCGUGGUUCGUGCCGUUGAGUACCUACAGGGCGAAGAUGGGUUCGUCAUCUCACACGAGGUAUUCAUUUAUGUCUUCGACGCAUUUCUCAUGUGGUCCGUGAUGUUGCUGUUUCUCAUAAUACACCCGGGAAGACUGAUCCGCGAUGCGCGUCGGUCAGGGAAAGAGCCUGGAGGACGAGAUGAACAUAUACCUUUAGGGUCUCGGGGUUAAGUAGCGGUGCAUAUAGUCAACCUAUGGUGCAGAAUUUGGCAAUGAUCAUGAGAACAUGCUCAGCCGAAAUGAGAGAUCAAAUAGCAUAUUCAUAAAAGUGUAGCUCUUAACUGUGUAUAAAGCCUGCCUGGACGACU